GAUGCCAUUCUUUUGCCCGAACGAGAGAGAAAAAAGGACUCCCUUUCCCGGCGUGCCUCGGGACCGCUUCGGCGCUGUCGGCCAACGGGGGCGGGCGUCGCGGGGCCUUGCGGGAGAUGUAGUCUUUCCGGCUGAAUGGCCUCUUUUUCGGUGAAGGAGAGGCGGGAAUGCGCGUGGCGGCGGCGGCGAGGACGAUGCUGCGGGGCCUGGCGGGGACCGGAGGGCGCGUGGCGGCCGAGGCGGGGGCGGAAGGGCGCCACAGGAUGGUCUGGGUCGACCUGGAAAUGACGGGGCUGGACAUCGAGCGCGACCACAUCCUGGAGAUGGCCUGCCUGGUCACCGAUGCCGACCUCAACCUGGUGGCAGAAGGUCCCAACCUGAUCAUCCACCAGCCGGACGAGGUGCUGGAGGGCAUGUCCGAAUGGUGCAAGGAGCACCACGGGAAGUCAGGCCUGACCAGGGCCGUGCGGGAGAGCGCCGUGUCCUUGUGCGAAGCCGAGCUCGAGUUCCUCUCCUUCGUCCGGCAGCAGACGCCCCCGGGACUCUGCCCCCUCGCAGGGAACUCUGUGCACGCAGACAGGAGGUUCCUGGAGAAGCACAUGCCGCAGUUCCUGAGGCACCUGCACUACCGCAUCGUGGACGUGAGCACCGUCAAGGAGCUGUGCAGGCGCUGGUUCCCCGAAGAGUAUGCCUCUGCGCCCAGGAAGGCAGCUUCUCACAGGGCCCUCGAGGACAUCAAGGAGAGCAUCAAGGAGCUCCAGUUCUACCGAAAGGCCGUCUUCAAGGGGGAGGCGGCGGAGAGGAGGCCGCUGGGAGACGGGGAAGCGCUUCCGGACUGAGCGGGACUUCCGCAGACGCUUCCCGCAUCUUCCGUUUCCCUUCCCGCUCUCAAUUUAAGCCCCCCCCCCCCCCAGCCGCCCUUAUUUUUGCCCUUCAGGAGCCUCCUCCUGCAGUUUGGAAGGAGCGUCCCCUUCGGCUUUAAGGGGAAUCCUAAUCGUAAUAGUAACAGGAGCCUGAACUUUGCUCAGGGAAGGUGGUGGUGGUUGUUUUCUAAAUUGUAGAGACGUGAGAGUCCGGGCCUUCCCCCUCCCUCUCUCUUUCCCUUCUUUUCUGUUUUCCUUCCUUCCUUCCUUCCUUCCUUCCUUCCUCUCUUUCUCACUUUCCUUCCUUCCUUCCUUCUUCCCAUCUUUUCUUAUCUUGAAGGGAGCCCAGCUGCCAGCAGGUGGCGCCAUUUCCAUUUGUACCUCCUUCCUCUACGAACUCCAACCCAGUCCACGUGUAGAUGCCUCUCAAUAGUUCUAGAUAAGAUGUUUUCCCAUCUUGAUGCCUGAGGAAACCCUUUUGGGCAGAAUAAAGAACUUGGCCUUUUGGGGAA